GAGUUCGUUUCGUUCCUUUCAUGUUUAUUCUCGUAUAAGUAAAAAUACCUGUUUGUCAUGGCGGCAUAUAACUUGAAAGACCCUGACGAGGUGAAGGAGUACCUGAAAAACCUUUACAUAGAGUAUAAAUUUGGUUGUUACAGCGAGAAAAAUCCUGAAGUUUGCCAUCUGCUGGGCGAUUAUGAGGAAAGUAUUAAAAGUGAUUUCACGGUGGCGGCAAAUAUAUAUAAGAAAACUUGCGAUGAAAUGAAUUAUGGUAAAAGUUGCACAAAGUAUGGGGAUUUUCGCUUAUUGGGUAGAGGUUGUGAAAAGAACAUACAGGAAUCAUUCAAGUAUGUGAAGAAGGGUUGUGACCUUAAUGAUGAUAAGGGUUGUCAUCAUGCGGGUGUUUUUGCAGUAAGCAAUGAAGAAUUAGAAAAAGACAGAGCUGCUCAAGUUGCAAGUGGAAUGAAAAUGCUUCAGAAAGCUUGUGACUCUAAUAACGAAAAGGCCUGUUUUCAUUUGGCGGGCGUUUAUUUGAGUGGCAUUGAGGGACAUGUGGAGAAAAAUAUGAAGGAAGCUUACAAAUGCUCUUUGAAGUGCUGUGAGUUUGGAAAUCCCUAUGCUUGUGCAAAUGUUGCUUUGAUGUACAGACUUGGCGAUGGUGUACAGAAAAAUCCAGAAAUAGCUGAUGCUUUUAAAAACCGAGCUACUCAGCUGCUGAAUGAUAUGAAACAUACCAAGAAACAAUUGAAAUUUCAUGAUGGCAUUAGAAUGCACAUCUUUUUAGGGGGUAAGAGACCAGAACUCUUUAUGUUAAUCAACAUUCGGGGCACCGAACGCAGUCAAGGAUAUUUUUACCAGGGACUUAAACCGCAGACCAGACUGACCAUGCGGUGCUACCUGUUCACGUCGAUCUACGCUCUCGUGGCCUUUGUUGUCUUCAUCGGCCACGGCACUUCGGUGGCCGGCGAGGAGUUAUCGAACAAGAUUAACGUAGACGUCUACUAUGAAUCAUUAUGCCCCGAUAGCAAGUACUGGUUAAGAGUGCAAUUGGCCGAAUCGUACCACAUCAUCGGGGAUUACAUUAAUCUCCAUCUGAUCCCAUAUGGAAAAGCGACGCAUUCAAGAAACUCUGAAUCCGGUUCGUGGCAAUUCUCCUGUCAGCAUGGACCCGAUGAGUGUGAUGGCAACAAGGCCCAGGCCUGUGCUAUCAACGCGAUCAAAAACAACGAACCAGCCAACAGAGUUCAACGUUUCACCGAGAUGGUGGUUGUUUGCGCAAUGUCGACUAGGUUCCCACCAUCGUCUGUUCAGACGUGCGCUGAAAAAUUAUUGGUGAGUCAGAAGACACAGGACAGUAUCAAGAGUUGCAUCGGAAGUCCUCUGGCCGACGACCUGCUUGCCGAACACGGCAAGACAACGGCCGCUCUGAACCCGCCCCUCUCUUUCGUGCCAACGAUAGUGCUCAACGGAGUAUACUCCCAGGAAAAUCAGAACCAGGCGUACAAUAAUUUCCUUAAACUAAUUUGCAACAAUCUGCCAGAGGGGGCGAAGCCAUCGGGCUGCAGCACCGCUUGAAAAUAAACGGUUGCUUAACCCUUUCGUCGCUGAAAGCUUCAAUAGUGGGUCACUGCUUUUUAUACAAAGCCCACCACUGUCACCGUUGCUAUCGAUUCAAGAGGUCACUAUAGUAAGCUAUUUAUAAUUUUCAUUUCAACAACAAUUACAAUCGACGAAUUUACGCAGGAGUUAACUGUAUCGGUUUAGUCUCCAUAAAAACAUACCAUGUACUACGGAUAGUCAUUGUUAAGUAUACGAAAGAUAUGGUGCACUUCUGUAAUCAUACAGGAAUAAACCUUUACGCGGA